AUGUCCGGUAAUGAGAGUAGCAUACGUUACAUCAUUGCGAGCUGCGGUUCUAGUCUCUCUGGUUCCCCCCCUCCUACCUCCAUCCCAUCUAGUCUCCCUUCCCGACCAGCAAAGGCUACUGCUACUACCUCUAUUUCCAAUACAAACAGGAAGCUACGUAUACCUGUGAUGGCGGUCUCUGGACCUCCUUCCACUAACGCAGCCUUGAAUGCAACUCUCCUCACCACCAACCCAGCCAUUUUCAUCAAGGACGCCUUCACAGCGCUUGUUGAAACCUGGAGCUCCUACAAGAGAACAUGGAUAAUUCCCGAGGCACUCCAGUGCCCCGUUCUCAAAUUCGCUCUCAGAGAGGGGAAAGUUGUCGUUUUUACCUCCGGACGCAUCAACAAGGUGGCCAUGGCCGACAAGGGAGCGACCUCCAAGGUUCCAUCUUACGCUCUCGUUUGGCCUGCACGUUCCAUCGCAUCUUGGACAUGCGACACCCACCGGGCGCGACCUACCGGAGGGUAUCUGGAUGUCUCAUUUGCAAUGAAAUUUCUCGAUGUCCCGCAGUUAAUUGCGUUUGGAGGGGGGAAUACCUCACCUGUUAUCCUUCAACCCCAGCAGCUCUCGGCUAGAUUUGACUAUCUCCGCCGGUUGGCCAGCCGUGUGCAAACAGAACUCAAGGGAAGCUCAACUGCCUGCCUGCGGUUUGUCAGCACCCGCCCAGUUCACCCCGCCUCCUUGACUCUAGCCGAGAGGGAUAGUAUCCCGAGGAGACUGUCCCUCAGCACAGAUAUCUUUGCUACUGCUGGUUCUCCGUAUCCGACCCCAGUCGCGGCACCCGGUAUCGCUGCCAUUGCUCAGAAGUACGAUAGCAAGGUCCGUGGAAAUGCUGGUGGUGAUGGCGCUAAUGAUACUCCCAUCGGCCCCGGCGCUUCUGUGGCUCAGUAUCAACAGGAUGGCGCCAUUCUCAUUGACCUGCUAGAGCCUAUAUCCGAGUACGCUUCCAAGCCGGCACCGCUAUCCUGUACUGCCCCGCUCGCCCCGUCUACGCUCGCCGACUUAUUCAAUGUUCAACUAGGGCCACCUUCCCUACCUCCAUUACCACCUUCGCCCUCUUUGGAUUCCUACACCGAAGGUUUGACCGACGAACCGAUGGCUAUUGCUACCCUGAAUGAGGCGGUAAUCAGUUCUGUCGCAAUACAUGCCCAGGCAUAUCGCGAAGCUCUUGAAAGGAAACAGGGGUACCUGGAGAAGCUCUGGCUCAAGUGCACCGAAGAAAUUGAGGGAGUUACAUUGCCCUAA